AUGCCUUACCCUCACCCCACCACCAACCCAUCGCUGCCAUACCACUACCAUACCACCAUCCAACUGAUACCCAACCAUCACACCAACACCACCACUACCACCCCACUGGUGCCCUUCCAUCACACCACCACCUCCACCACCCCACCGGUGCCCUUCCAGCACACCACCACCACCCCACUGGUUUCCACUGCUUGGGUCCACACCCACGCACCCACCAGACCUCCUGUCUUCAAAGAUAAGUACACGUCGCAGCUCACGUGGGAGGAGGACAUCAUCGCUGGCACUUUCCUCGCCAUCGUCGGUGUCGUGGCGGUGCUCGGUAACGGCGCGAGUGUCGCCAUGUUCUGGCGCAGAGGGAAGAAGCUGGCACCAGGGGAGCUGUUGCUGCUGAACCUCUCCUUCAUCAGCCUCUUGCUGGCCGGGUGCUCCUACCCUGCAACCAUGAUAUCUCUUUUCGCACACCGCUGGAUCUUUGGUGAACUUGGCUGCCAGUUGUACGGUUUUGUCUGCUACCUCCUGGGCAUUGCGAAUAUGGCGUCGGUGAUGAUGCUGGCACUGGUGCGAUACCUGAAGACCUGCUCCAGAGCUGCUGGUGCGUGGCUGGACAGCGACCAGGUGCGCCGCAUCAUCGCCGGCAUCUUCGUGUUCGCUGCGGCCUGGGCGACCCUGCCGCUGCUGGGCGCCGGCGACUACGACGUCGAGCCCUUCGGCACGUCCUGCACCCUAGAGUGGGAUGACCCGUCCUACGCUGGCAAGAUAUACCUGCUGGUCACGCUCAUAUUCGUGGUGCUGUACGUUACAGCUGGCAAGAUAUACCUGCUGGUCACGCUCAUAUUCGUGGUGCUGUACGUUACAGCUGGCAAGAUAUACCUGCUGGUCACGCUCAUAUUCGUGGUGCUGUACGUUACAGCUGGCAAGAUAUACCUGCUGGUCACGCUCAUAUUCGUGGUGCUGUACGUUACAGCUGGCAAGAUAUACCUGCUGGUCACGCUCAUAUUCGUGGUGCUGUACGUUACAGCUGGCAAGAUAUACCUGCUGGUCACGCUCAUAUUCGUGGUGCUGUACGUUACAGCUGGCAAGAUAUACCUGCUGGUCACGCUCAUAUUCGUGGUGCUGUCGCCGACGCUGGUGAUGGUGGGGAGCUACUCGCUGCUGCUCUACCGCGUGCACCAGAACAGCUUGCGCUGCCGGGCGUCGGGGGCCAGGAAGGAGUCCACGCCGUCCGACCUGCAGCUCACGGCGAUUGUAAAGGUGUCAGUGGCAGUGUGCCUGGGCUUCGUGGUGGCCUGGAUGCCCUACGCCGUAAUGUCGCUUUACUACGGCGUCCUCGGGGGGCAAAAACCCCCGCCAUACGCGGCCAUCGCCCCCGUCCUGCUGGCCAAGAGCUCCUGUGCAUACAACCCUGUCUUCUAUGUCUUCAUCACGACGCGUUACAGACAAGAGAUCAUUAAAAGUUUGCCGGAGUGGCUGGCCAAGAGGCUGCAGAAGGAGCCGUUCUUCAGAGCACCAGAACCUAGCGACUCCUCUCGCAUUGUUCUGCAAACAACAGCCGGGGCAUCAUGCCGCAAUUGCAUCGCAGUCCGCGUAGCAGAACAAGAGGUGAACAACCGUUUGGCACGGAAACAGGACUCUCCACAACCUUACGUAAACCAACCUUCACCGUCCGUGCAUUACAAGUUUAGCCCGCACAGUAAUGGAAAAACAAUUGACAUUCACUGUGCACAAACCCAUAACCCACAAGACGCACGACAGUUCACUUCUAUAGGAAACCAAUGUUCGGUUGAACGUCAGUUCGGAGAAGAUUCUCUCGCAAUGAUAGACAAGUUUAAUUCGCAUAGUAACUGCCAAGCUUGUGAUUUUCAUGUCGCGCCAUCGGAAAACGUUCAAGACGCGAUGCAAAGUACUUCUGUUGGAAUACAAUGUGAGUUUGACCACCUAGUCAAAAAUGUACCAGUUUCUGAUGGUGACCGCGAAGCCAACAUGAAACCAGAAGUUAUUAUAUCUGAUCCCGUUUCAAGAAACAUUCUUGUUCCUGAAGCAGCAUGUCGCGAACAUAACACGAUUCCUCGGUUCAAGCCAAUUAAAAAGUCUCAAGAAGCUUCAUCAGCUGAGAAUUCGAACAAAUAUUCUUUAUUAAUUAAACGACCUCGUUCCUCGAUAAAUGGUCUAUCAAGAUCUCGUUCUUGGGACUCGAGAGACAGAGAAAUCUUCGUAUUAUCUGAUAUAAAAUUAGACAAAGGUGGCAAAAGCACUGUACCGUGCGUGAGUGCGGGAGAGCCAUUGAAGCUGUUGAGCGUGAGGGCGGCCAAAACGAGGGAAUACGGAACUGGAGCUAAGCUGGUAACCCUCAUCUUAGCACAACACGAGAAUGAUGUCCUUACCGAACUCAUUGUGUAAUUUGCAUGUCACCAUCCUAUACUAUAAUGGAAAUUGUUGUGGAUGCCAGUACAAUGUCAACAUUAAUGUAUAUUGCUGAUAUAAUCUUCAAUGAAAAUAUUUUUCAAAAAUCCAUCAGCCUACUAACUCUUACCAAUUACUUCAUAUAAUUCGUGGGACUGACAAAAAACAUACAUUGGAAUUUUAGCAUAGCUCAUUGAUAACAUUUUCCUGGUAGUAUCAAAUUUAUCAGCCGCAGUUGACUGUUUGAAAUGUGAUUAACCUAAUUCUAAAUGUUCCAAUUCUCAUUAUCGUACAUGAUCUAACAUAUAACAAAAUUUCGUAGAAUCAUUGUAGCAUUUCUCUAACAAUAUUUCGAAUUCCCAGAAUUUUUGUUAAAAGUCACAUUCGAGUAUUCUGAUAUCAAACUCAUUAAUUUGCGAAGGGGAAAUAUACAAAUGAAUGUCCAUGUUAAUGUUGAUAUUGAUGUUAUGAAAUUAUGAAGUAUAUCAAGUGUUUUGUCAUCAUAUUAAUGUUAAUAUUAUCAUGUUAAUGAUGACAUUGUUAUAAUGAAAUAGUGAAGCAUAUCAAGAGUUUUAUAAAAGAUAAUUAUCAUCAUUCUAUUUAUAUGCUGCCUUCUUCUGAUACGAUGAUAAUGAAAGCUGCUGCGCGAGAAAAUGUUUUACAAAUCACUCUUUUGGCUUUCGCAAUGUUAUAUUUUUGUAUCAUGUAAAUUAUUUGGCACCUGCAAUAACAUUCAUGCCAGUAUCAUGAAUGGAAAUCAUUAGGCAUUGAAAUUAUUUUUCAAUUGCCAAAACGUUUUAAAACGUUGCAAAAAGGCAGUUAUUGAGUCGGGUUCUGGCGUCACUGCCCCUAGCUCAGCAGAACAUAUAUCUUUGAUGGAAUAAUUCAAUAUAUUCAACGUUAUUGAUCAAUUUUUCUGCCAACAAUAUUUUUAGACUUAAAGGCCUUCCCGCAUGCAUGCAAAGGUAACUCGGUUCCUUUGAAAGUCGUUACAAUUAAUUAAGGUUGUCGAGAACGAAUUCGGUGAUGAACAAAAUGGAUAAAAGACCCACAAAAAUGGAACAAGCGUUAGUGCAUAUUCACUACUUGACCAGGUAUUAUAUUCGCCAUGUCGCAACAUAAUCGUUAAAAUUGAUUGCUUAAAUCGCAUAAACAUUA